ACUACAAUUUUGGCCAAAUUAAGUACCAUUCAAGUUCGAUUUCCAAAAUCCUAUAAAAAAAAAUCAAUAAAAAUGAAACUUUUCUAUUUUUAUAUAACACUUAUUCUUGUAAAUGUUUCGGCAGAUGACGAUGAAGCGACAUAUACGAAACAUGUUUUUCUUACAAAUGCAGCCAUCGAGCUUGCGUAUAAUAAGAAUGAUUUAAAUGUAGGAGAUAAUUCUGAAGCAAAUGGAUUGGAGCAUGUAAUUGAAAAAAUGGUUAAUAAUACUCCAUCAUUUCACAAUGAAGAUUUCUACCUGUGUUUCGCCAAAAUUAAUUUUAUGAUCGCUUUACCAGACCAAACGGAUAUUGUAUUCGAAAUACCGGAAAUGCCACACCUUGGCCCAUUGCAAAAAUGCGGUUAUUACCAACAUAUUAUGCAACAAGAAAUAAGAAAUACAUUAACAUUAGACAUUGAUAUUCCUGAGGCUGAUGAAGUUCAAGAUUUUGGAAGCUUAGAUUUGACAACACUUGCAGAACAAAGAAGAGGUCAUGUUAAGCAAGCUUUAAAAAAUAUAUUCAGACGUGUAUUUGCUGAUGAUAUCAAAGAUUUUAGAAGCUUAAACUUGACCGCCCUUGCAGAAGGGAGGAGAGUUACAGGAACAUCUUUAGAAAAUAUAAUCAGACGACGUGUAUCAGACGGGUCUGUAUUAUCACAUAAACAUAUUGUCUCAUUAUUACGGAUGUGUCGUAUGAUAGCAUUAUACAUGAGUAUAAAAUUUCCAACGUCAUACACAAAAGACCUUCUGAUUGAUUUCAUUGGUAGAACUUGUAAACUAGGUGAUGGAAUUACAGAAAAAAUAUACAAAAAAAUUGAUGGUUUAUGGUGGCAAAUAGGCCGAGAUAACGGUACAGUACAACUACUCGAGGAGCAGUUGAUAUAAUUUAAAACCAGAAUCAACGGUAUAACUCUUUUAAAAUUUAUAAUGCUAUUGUUAUUUUAUUGUUAUAAUAUUUUCAUAUUGCACUAAUAGCUGUCAAUUAGUUCAAUGUAUUUCAUA